ACAAAAACAAAACGGAGCGCCCCAGCAUUUAAACGGCCAGUUUGCCCUCGAGGCCCGGGGGGAGGCCCCAGCUUUGUUCCCUGCGGUCGGCCAAUGAGCGAAAGAGGAAGUGAGGAGGGACAGAGAAGCUCGGGGAGGGCAUCUUCGGCCGUUCGUUGCUCAGCGUUGACGAUCCUUUGCGUUAGUUGAGUUCAUCCGACGAGAGCGAGGUCAUCGGCAUGGACGGGAGGCAGAAGAAGGACGAGGCGGUGCGCCUGCGGCGGGAGAUCGGCCCGGUGCCCGCCGUGUCUUUCAUCAUCGGCACGGUGGUGGGCAGCGGCAUCUUCAUCGCCCCCAAGGGGGUGCUUGCGAACAGCGGCAGCGUGGGCCUCUCGCUGGUGGUGUGGGCGCUCUGUGGGGUGCUCUCCUUGCUGGGGGCGCUGUGCUACGCUGAGCUCGGCACCACUUUCACCAAAUCGGGGGGCCACUACACUUACCUACUGGAGACCCUGGGCCCACUUCCUGCCUUUUUACGCCUGUGGGUGGAGUUCCUCUUCAUCAGACCAGCCGUGGCCUCCUACGUGUCGCUAGCUUUCGGCCGCUACGUGGUGGAGCCAUUCUUUGCCCCCUGCGAGGCGCCCACGCCGCUCAUCCGACUGGUCAGCAUCCUGGGAGUGACCUUCGUGGUGGCCAUCAACUGCUGGAGCGUCACCAUGGCCUCGCGCACCCAGGUCACUUUGACCUUCAUCAAGACCUUCGCCCUGGUCCUCAUCAUCGUGCCUGGCAUCAUGGCGCUGGCCAAAGGGAAGACGGAGAACUUCCAGAAGGGAUUCGAGCUUGAGGCGUUGACGCUGGAUAGGCUGCCGCUGGCGUUUUACAACGGCCUGUAUGCAUACGGAGGAUGGUUUUAUCUCAACAUGGUGACGGAGGAAGUCAUCAACCCAAACAGGACCAUCCCGCUGGCCAUCGUGUGCUCCAUGGUGACGGUGACGGUGCUCUACGUGCUGGUCAACGUGUCCUACUACACGGUGAUGACGCCCGGCGAGCUGCUACUGUCCGACGCCGUGGCCGUGACGUUCGCCAGCCGUGCGCUCCGGGGCAUGUCCGCCGUCGUCCCUCUGCUGGUGGCGCUGUCCUGCCUGGGAGCCCUCAACGGGGGAUUCUUCUCCUCGCCCAGGAUGCUGUUUGUGGGGGCCAGGGAGGGCCACUGGCCCCCCAUCUUCUCCAUGAUUCACAUACGCAGACACACGCCGCUGCCUGCCGUCUUGUUCCUGGUAAACGUUUGUCGCAAUCAUCAGAAAGUCGAGAGCAGCGGCCCGCGCGAUGCCACGUGUGCUUCCGUCUGUGUCCAGUACCCGCUGGUGGUGCUGAUGCUGAUCACCGAAGAGAUCCAGCACCUGAUCAGCUUGGCCUCCUUCGCUCGCUGGUUCUUCAUCGCCUUGGCGACGCUGGGGAUGCUCGUUCACCGCUACAGAUUCCCGCAGCUCCCUCGGCCUUUCAAGGUCCCGCUGGUCAUCGCCGUCACCUUCACCGCGGUGUGCUUCUUCAUCGUGGGGCUGUCGCUGUACUCGGACCCCUGGAACACGGGCCGCAGCUGCGCCCUGACGCUGACGGGCGUGCCGGUGUACUACGCGGUCGUGCGCCGCUCCCGGGUGCCGCCCAGGUGCAGACGUGUGUUCGAUUACUGCAGCAAGCAGCUCCAGAUCCUUCUGGAAGUGGCCCAGCAGGAGGUGAAGACCUACUAAGGACAAAACAACUUUCUCUUUUCUCAGCUUCACACGUGACAUUUCUGUCUGUAUUUUUCUAGAGUACACAGUUAUAAACAUUAACACACA